AUGACAACGGUCGAGAAGCCACGCGCCGAAGACCUUGCUGCAUGUUAUCAUCUCCUCUCCGACACUCACGAUCGUUACUUAGGCUUGCAGAACGGAGGCGCUACCAUACGCGGCGGUGCUCUUAGGAUACCACUAGGUUCCCCAAGAGUUAUUGGCAUCGCAGAAGCGCGAGGGAAUAGACCCCAACAGCAAGACUCGCACCAAUUCGCAACGCUUACACUUAAUCCCGAAGAACUACGUCUAAGUGUCAAGAAGAGCUUUGGGAUAGACUGGGAUCCGGGCGCCGUCGGCGAUGAGUUCGCACGGCAGGUUGUGUUCGUUGGCGUUUACGAUGGCCAUGGCGGACAGGGAGUCUCUCUGUUCCUGCAUCAGAAUCUUCACGGGCUCUUCGAGUCUGUGGACAAAUCGCAAAUCCCAGACGUGUUUGCAUGGACGAAGGAGCUUGGCGGUUAUUUCAGACGGUUCCGAGGUGGAGUUUUGCAGCCUUGGUUGACACGGCCGCCCUCCGAACAGGAGAUGGAUCUUGAGGCGAGAGCUACACUGGCAUUUCUGGAGGCGGACAGGGUCGUGCAUGAGUCAAAAACAUGUGGUGCAACUGCUUCUGUUGCUCUUCUCCAAUCUCUCGAUGUACCAGCCACACCCUUCUUCGCUGCUGAAACAGUCGCACUUACGGUUGCGCAUGUCGGUGAUACGCGUCUCAUACUCUGCUCGAGAGAUGGUGGUCAUCCCCUUCGGAUGACGCACGAUCAUCAUGCUGAAGCUCCGGGGGAAUCAGCACGGCUGCGCCGCUGGGGUAGCUCGCGCCUCGUCAUGGAUUCGUUCGGGGAGACUAGGUGGAUGGGAGCGCUAGCCAAUACUCGAGGUAUUGGUGAUAUGGAUUACAAACAAUACGGUGUCACUGCUGAGCCAGAAGUGACCACAAAACUACUUCACGGACCCGAAUGGGCCUAUAUGGUUCUUGUCACCGACGGUAUCUCCUCGGUACUGUCUGACGCGGAAAUUGUCGACCUUGCAAGGAAUGCCAAGGAUCCGAAGGCCGCGGCCAAAGCCAUUCUCGACUUCGCGGACGAGAUCGGGAGCGAGGAUAAUCUGACCGCAUUGGUCGUUCCACUUGCUGGCUGGGGACAGGUAACGGGACCAGACAUGACGAAGGAGCUCCGCGAAUACCGAAGGACGGAAGCAAUUGGGACUGAGAGACAUAGACGAAUGUAG